ACUAUGGACGAUCGUGACAAACUUUCAGACUCUGAUUCCCAAGGAGAAGGGAGCCCAUUUUCAGAUUCACAGAAUCAUGGGGUGGUCCUUAGUCAUUUCAUCGAAUCUGUUCGGCCCUUGGUUGAGUUGAUUGACUCUCUGAGGUUGAUUGGCAUUGAUGAAGACAUUGGUCUGCCAUCCAUUGCAGUGGUGGGAGAUCAGAGUUCUGGAAAGAGUUCUGUUUUAGAGGCUCUGUCAGGGGUGGCUCUACCUAGAGGAAGUGGUAUUGUUACGCGCUGUCCUCUUGAGUUGAAAUUACGGAAGCUCAAAAAAGGACCAUGGUCAGGAAUCAUAUCUUACAAUGGUCACAAAGAGACGUUUCAUGACCCAUUAAAGGUGGAUCACCUUGUUAGAGAAGCUCAAAACAAGCUUGCUGGAAAUACAGUUGGAAUCUGCGAUGAACUCAUCACUUUAGAGAUUUCAUCUCCUGAUGUGUGUGACCUCACUCUGAUUGAUCUCCCUGGUAUAACCCGUGUUCCUGUGCAUGGUCAACCUGAGGAUAUUGGAGAUCAGAUCAAAACCUUAAUACUGAAAUAUAUUGCCAAAAGAGAAACCAUCAAUCUAGUUGUUGUACCCUGCAAUGUGGACAUAGCGACAACAGAAGCACUAAGAAUGGCACAAGAAGUAGACCCAGAAGGACACAGAACACUUGCAAUUCUCACAAAACCAGAUCUUAUUGACAGAGGAGCAGAGAUUGAUGUUUUAAACAUUGUGCAGGGCAAAAUCAUUCCUCUCAGCAAAGGUUACAUUAUUGUGCGAUGUCGUGGUCAGAGUGACAUCAACAACAAAAUCCCUCUUGAUAAAGCCAUGCAGAUGGAAAUGAAAUUCUUUAGGAACCACCAUUAUUUCAGCUCUCUACUUAAUGAUAGAAAAGCAUCUACUCAAUGCCUGGCAGACAAGCUGACAAAAGAACUGGUUGAUCAUAUCAAGAAAUCACUACCAUACUUGACUGAGCAGAUUCAGACUAGGCUACUCAAUGUGCAAAGAGAGCUUAAAUCCUAUGAGCAGGGUCCUCCUCUGGAAGAGGAAUUGAUGGGACCUUUUCUUAGUGAGAUCAUAAUGAAGUUCAGCAAUCAAAUUCAUGAAUUGAGCAGGACAGGGCGUUCAAAAAACAAAAAUAUUUACGCCCUUCUACGUCCUGUGUUCAAGAAAUGGGAUGUCUACCUGAGAGGCACUGAAGUGUCAUUCACUGCAAAAGUGAAGGAAAUGAUAGACAAGUAUAAUGAGAUGCAUCGUGGCAGAGAGCUGCUAACUUUCAGUGAUUUCUGUAAAUUUGAGUGUGUCAUCAAAGACCAUGUGGCAGCCCUUCAAGACCCAGCUUUGGCAAUCCUGAAGCAUAUACGAGAUAUUGUUCAGAAUGAGUUCCAGGAGUUAUGUUGUUCAUCUUUUGAACAGUACCCUCAACUUAGAUACAUUGUCUCUAAUAUGGUUAAUGACAUUCAGUCAAAACAAGAGUCCAAAGGGGAGAAAAGAAUCAGGGAAUUUAUUAAUAUGGAGCAACUGAUCUUUACUCAAGACAAGGUGUUACAACAGAAACUUAACCACUCUGACAUACCUCAGGAGGCUGGAGUGGACUCUAGUGAAGAGAACCUCUAUGAUGAUGAUGACAAGAUUUUUAAUUCCAAAGGCUGUGCCUUGUUGGAUGCUAGAAAUCUAACUCCAGACAAACUUGCUCUGUACCAUGAGAUAGUCUAUCAACGCCUGACAGACUAUGUGCCCAUGCUGAUAAUUCUCUUCAUGCUGAAGGAUGCAGCCAAUACCUUGCGGCAUCAGAUGAUGGAACUGAGGAACGGGGCAGAUGUGGUCAAACUACUGAGUGAGGAUUCAGAAAGAGGUCGCAUGAGAGCUAAUCUAAAGCAUCGUCUUGACCGUCUCACCCAAGCUCGAGAUCUGAUCAGCAUCAGACUCUAAGACAGCAGAGCUCUUAAUACAUUUUAUGUCAGGCCUAAGUAAUAAUAAAAAAAUACAUUGCACAUCUAUAUUGUUAAACCAAACAAUAUUGUUAAACCAAACAGUAAUUUUUUUUUCUUUGGAAUAAU